CCCACCCCGGGAAGGUGCGUCUCCCGCCUGUGGUGCCAGGCGCUGGGUGCCUGCCCGCUGACAAGGCACGCCUCGAAAUCACUGCCUCAGCAGCGGGCCCACGCUCCUACUUGUGGGGCAUCCCAGGGUGCUGAUGGAGUCACCCCAUUAACCAAUCCCUUUGGAGCCCUCUCCUGAACCAUCCCCAGCUCCAGCUUUCAGUUUGGUAGCUGCUUCUGCUGGUUCUUGGGAGGUGCUGUCCCUCUCGGGCACUUCCCUCUUAAGUGGCUAGCAGCAGUCAGCCCGAGAGACUGGGCUAAAGUCCACUGCAGUCACACCCUGUGCUCUCACUCUGCCCUCAGUCGCUCCCACCCAGCCCUGCUGAAACCAAUGGGGGAGUCACCGCCUGCUUUGUCUGUAUUAAAUGCCAGGAGGGGAAAUCAGGGCUUUAAUGCCCUGGAAAUAAACAAACUGAGCAAGAUUGGGGCCCCGACUGGUACGACAAGGACUCAAAUGCCAGUGCUUCAUGCAGGCAGAGGCUGAGACAUAACAGCCAUCUCGGGCAGCUGUGGAUCGCACUAAACAUAAACACCGAGUGGGCAAGGACAAAUUCCUGUGCUGUGGGGAGAAAUGAUAAACAAAACUCAUUGUGGCUGAAAGAACAACUAACAAAAAAGUAAACUUAAAUCCUACAUCCAGCAUAGCACACUUGCACUCCUACUGUUUGCUUUGCUUAUUGCUUCUUGGCCAAAGGCUGAUGUUGAAUAUUGAUUAUAUUAAAAGAAAAAUUGUUCCAAUCCCAUAAAAAGGGUUGGAAGGGCAGAAGACCAUCACUCAGAAUUCUGUGACUAAGAGCAGACAAUCAAGGACGUACAAAAUGAUCAUGCAACAAGGUGCAUUGGGCUGGAUUCUAACAUCAGGGCAGUAGCAAAUGAGCUGUAGGUUCUGGGAUACCGAAGUUUUAUCAUAACCAAAGACACCCAGCUCCUGGGAUGGAUCCACAAGGCUCUAGUAUAAAACAUGAGGCUCUAUGAGGGACGAAUCAGAUCUUUCCAGGCUCCUGUCACUGUUCAUAAUUAUCCCAGCAGCCACGUUUAUGUGUUUAGAAAUGGCCGAUCAGAUCCGGAUGAGUCAUCGGAGGAGGAAUCUGAAUUCAUGGAAUUACGUCCAAGGGGCAAGGAGCAGCAGAGAAGCAGUUCUUCCCAAGAGAGAGCUGGGGAUGUGGUGCUACUGGAACGAGAGCUCACCGAGGGUGAUAACCUUAACAAGCUAGCGCUGCAGUAUGGGUGUAAAGUUGCAGAUAUCAAACGUGUCAACAACUUCAUUUGUGAACAGGACUUGUAUGCUCUGAAGUCUAUCAAGAUUCCAGUCAAGGCCCAUGGGGUGUUAACAGAGACCAGCAAAGAGUUAAAACCUCCUCAGAAUGCGCCUUCCCGGGCUGGCAUGACACUGAUUGAACUACCAGAGCCUGAUGAUGGAGCCACCAGCAGCAGCAGCUAUAGUGAAAGCAGAGACCUGACUGACUACUUUAAGGGGAUUGACCAGACCAUUGAGGAUGUAGUGCAAUCCAAAGUCCAUUUAAAUGCAGAUUACUGCAUAGACGCACCAAACUGCCCCCCCUCCGGUUCAGUGGGGCAGAAGGAGCCCAGUAAUGGUGCAGACUGUGGAAUCCAAUGGUGGAAUGCAGUUUUUAUCAUGCUUCUGAUAGGAAUAGUCUUGCCAGUAUUUUAUAUUGUCUAUUUUAAAACACAACAGACUGGGGCUGCAGCCCAUACCUCAAACACAACCUUCGCCUCUAAUAGCUCAGCUCAUGAAUUGGGGGGGGAAUUGUCACAGCACCUACCGGUCGUAGAAACCCCCAAAGCGAAGAUACAGCCCAGUACUGCCUCACCGCCCAACACUGAUACCCAUAAACCAGUAACUCUGACCUUACUGGAUUCAGUUGGCUAAUUUUUUUUUAAAGUGAGCUAAUGAUCUUGACUGAACACAGGGUGACGUGUUUUCUCUGAAUGAAUAAAAAUGUUUUGUAGCUUACCACGUGCAACAGACAUUUGCGUUUAUCAACCCUUCCAAGGGAAAGUAGCUUGCCCCAAUAUACUCUUAUUUGUUUCAGGUACCUCUCAAGAGUGGCCUUGUCUAAAAAUCUGAACUAGGCAGACACAUCAGAGUGUGUGCUCUUAAAUACUGCAUGGGUUAUUGAUUGGAAUAAUGCAGUCUAAUAGCACAUGAGAAGACACAUUUUGUAUGGACGGAGCAUUUUUUCCCCCACAACAACUUAAAACAACAUUUUUCAUUCUCUGGCAGAACCGAGUGGGCCCCGCCUGUUUAACCCUACGUAUGCCUUUCUAGCUUGAUAGACUAGCUCGGGUACGUGGCACUGUUAAAACUAAGCAGGACACUGGAUACUCUUAUCAAUGACAGUAUUAAGCUAAAUUGUGCUAGAUUGACGGAGGGUCUUAGCCUGCUGUGAGCGCCAUGGUGGCAAGGAUCUGCCUGUGCAGGGAGGCCCUGUGACUUCAUUUGGGCUCCAUGCAGGUACCCAGAGCUCUCUGCAGGAACCAGCCCUCAGGUCAGUUAUUCCUCAGUAAAAGCCUUUGUUCAAUAGUGAUAGCAAAAGUUCUCUUCAGCUGCAGAGUCCAGCCUGCCAGCAACCUGCAGUGGCCGACUCAGCCUUAAAGGCAUCUUGAGAUAGCGUCACUAGUCAGCAAUCCCUUUGUCUUUGCACAGUGAGCUAUCUCCAGCACUGCGUUUCAACCUUGGAAGUGUCCUUGCUCUUAGGAGUUUAUGCUAGAUAGGUCAGUGAGGAGUUUUCCAUUUUGUACAGUAAUCAAAAGUCAGGGGAAACAACCCCCAGCUAUUUUAGGAGUUCAGGAGGAGCAUAAAUUGCACAAACCUGGUGUAGGCUAAUUUUAGGCAUUUUUAGGGCCUGUGUAGAUAGUCAGUCAUGUUUCUGAUCACCCAUCUCCAUGCAGAGAGAAGGUCUCUUGCGUGAGUCCAGAGCCUAAGCCGUUCUUGAUGCAUUCUGGUCUGUUGAACGGAGGCCCACAGGUAUCAGGUAUAUUUUUCAAAGAUUUGUUUACAGUAAAUGCUAAAUGUAAAUGUUUACAGUAUAUGCGAUAAAUAUGGAUGAAGACUAAGCUUUGGGUUGUUUGAAUCUGCAGUUAAAAACCUCUUACUUGGUGUAGCCAUUUUAAAAAUAAAUUCAGAACCGUUUCUCAUGGCUAACCCCUGCUAUCAACAUUUUGAAGUUGUAGAAUUCAAAAUACUUUAGGAAACAUUGUGCAUAACAUAAGCAAAAUCUCCAUAAUAUAUUGCCUAAAUCUAAGCUAACUUUCAGCAUAGAGCAAAGUUUAAGGAAGUUGGACUUUCCCCGGGCCUAGACACUGACAUCCCAGGAAGUGCAAUUAUAAUGCAUUUGUUUACCAGCCGGAUUGUCUUAAAGGCUACUAGCUGAAGUUAUGGUAUGAAAAGCACAAGGGUGCUGAAUGCAGAAGGUAGCUGGGUUCUGCCCCGCCCUCACCUAACUGGAGGAUGGUUAUAGAAUUAGUACUGUUGUAACAGGGUACAAAUCACAGAUUCAUAAGCUUUCGUGGGCUACAGCCCACUUCAUCGGAUGCAUAGAGUCCAGUCUGUGCAUCCAAUGAAGUGGGCUAUAGCCCACGAAAGCUUAUACUCAAAUGUUAGUCUCUAAGGUGCCACAAGUACUCCUGUCUUUUUGCGGAUACUGACUAACACGGGUGCUACUCAAACAGAUUAAUAGAACGGUCAUUAGAAAAUACAUAAAGGUUUUUUUUCUCUCUCUUUCAAACACUCAGAUACAAGAGUCAAUAGUUUUAGAUGUAUUUAAUAACACAAAAUUAAGUAGGUAAAGGAGGAAAUGAUAGAAGACUGAAAAAUAAUUUUUGAAAUGAUUUGUUGAAUUAAGGAAUUGCCUGCUAUUGUCUUGUCACUAGAGGGCACUGUUGUCACAUAAAUACACAAGUCAAUGAGGCAACGUGAAGGAAAUUCAGAUCUGAAAUUUAUGAGCACAGUGAUUAGUACCAGCCAUGUCUGUCCCAAAUUAAUCUAAGUGCUGAUGACUAUCUUAUCUAAGGUUCUGAGAUGGGUGUUGAAGUUAAGAGCUAGAAGUUCUGUCUUUAAGAUCAAUUAUGUCAGUAAUAAAGUCUUGCUGGCCUGAGGCAAAUGCAUGGACAGCAUUUGUGUUUAUGAUGACUCAAAUGAAAAAUGUAUCUGAAAAACUAGCUUCUUGCUGCAAAGGGAUCUGGGUACAAUGAAUAAAGUAAACAGACUCUUCCUGAGUUAAAGUCACGGUACUGAUAAACAAAUAUUCUUCCUGCAGCAAGUAGGAAGCUCUUGUCAUGCUUCAAGGACGCUUGAGGGAACAUAAUUUUUUUAAAGAAAUAACCUAAAGCAUCUGCUUUCUUAAAGCCACCUGUAUCCACUUAAAAAAUAUAUUUUUCUUCUGUGAAGGAAAACUGGUCCCUUCUCUAGGUUAAUAUUACAUUUUUAAAUGAAGAAAAAUUCAAUAAAAGCACAA